AUGUAUGCAAUUUUCGCUGCCUACAUAGUUAUCUAUCAUCCAUCGAUUUAUCACUCCCACAGUACCCACCACCAUUGGCCGGCCACAAUGAGUUGGUAUGGGGCCGUAAUUGAGCAUAUAUUGAUUAAGAGUGACAUUGUACACAAUAAUAAUAGAAAAUACGAAUCAAACGCCUAUAGUUCAGAAUACCAGGAGUUUGUGCACGAAAACACGUUCAAUCUCUAUUUGCAAGCCAAAUACCUGGUAAGGUUUUUGACUACACCACAGAGGGCAUAUUUACCUCAAAGAUCAAAGGAAGCCCAGAUUACAUCGGAGUAUCGAAUUCAGCAGCUUGACCUUGGCAUAAAUGACGAAGCAGAAUUUCACUACAGGUUUCUAUCUUUCCUAAGCUUACUUUCUUAUGUCAAGCCCGCCUCCAAUUUUUUUCAACGAGAAGAACUUUGCAUGGAUGACACCGAAAGUCAAGACAUGAAGGUCAUGCGAGUAACAAUCAAUUUAUGCAUAUUGGCUAUUUUUGCUCGUACAUUUAAUAGUAACUUGUUGUCCGAUACUCAUGCUACGGUCUUGGGAGACAUCGUUGCAAGGUUUCGUGACCUGUUCGCCAUUGGUGAUGAAUCUUGUCCCAUAAGUAUAGCCUAUGAUCUUGUGAUUGAUUUACUGCUGUAUAACAAGUUUCCAAAGGAGAUGUCUACUCUUUCGCUUGAACAGAUGAGAUCCAGAAUAUCUAGUGCCGAGAGCAUGUUGGACUUGAACCAUCCCCCAGGCCUUUGGAAGGUUGCUGGCGUUGAAAAAAAUGACAUUAGUAACUCUGCUUUAUCCAAACUUCGAAAAGUACACGAUAUCAAGAACAUGAAUGGGAUGCUUUUGAGUUUUGUUGAACGAAAAUAUUCAAAGCUAUCCUCAAUGGAAAUGGGGCCACUGAAUGUUGGGGACUCUCAAAGUAUAAUCUCAAGAGCAACAGCCCAAUUAAACUUGCCUAUAGGAAAACAAAAAAAGUCAGUUGCAACUAGUAUAAUUAGGGAGCUACUUGAGGAGCUGAAAACUGGUAAGAAACGCCUAAACGCAGGUAAACCUGCACAAUCAUUGACAGAGACGAACCGUCAACUGGAGAUAGAAGCUCAUGAAGGAAAGGCUAAACUUAAUCAAUUUGAAUCCGGAAGGUCAACAUACACCGGAAGUACUACAGAGAGUAUUUCUGCGAAUAUUUAUUCUCGUCCACAGGCUAUACAUUCACCGGAUGAUGAACGAAAUAAUUAUCUAAUGAACCUGCUCCGGGAGAGGGAUAACGAAAUAAUACGACUUGCCACAGAAAACAGAGAGAAAACUCAGCGAAUAGAACGGCUUGAAGGAGAGCACAAGCAAACAGUCGAUCGAAUGAACAGGACUAUGCUUGCCGAUACGCAGAAAAUAACAGAGUUAGAGAGAAGCUUAAAUGAAAGUGUAAAAUCAGCCUCAUCCCGCCACACGUUUCACACUCUUGAGAAAAAGCUUAGAGAAGCAGAGGAGAAAUUGAAUCAGUUCAAAACUGGAAGACCUUUACCAUCGUCUUUGCCAACUGAUCAAAUAAAUCAGCAAUCAAACCAGAAUGCCAAAACUAUCCAGGAACUAUCAAGCCAUCUUCAUCAAUGCAUGUACACUGUUACACUGAGAGAGAUGAGAAUACAAGAACUAGCAGCCCACAUAGCUAAUUUGACAAAACAACUGGGAGUAAAGGAUCAACUGAUCACGAAUGCCCAGCAACUUAUAGAACGACAAAAAGUUCACCUUCUUCAACUAGGGAACAAUUAUUUUUCUGCUUCCCAAGAAAAAGAAUCACUGAAGCAGAAAUUGAAUAGUCUUGCCAAUAUUGAUAAUGCGAUAAACAAUCCUAGUCCCAGGUUAUCGGACGCAGAAACGAAACUAGUGCGACUGGAGAGUGAGCUUUCCAACUGUCAGAAGCUACUUGAGACACGGAUCGUUGAACGUGAUAUUCAAAACAACACUAUAAUUGGUCUUCAAGAUCUUUUGAGGACUAGAGAGCAAGACCUGCAUUUGAUAGUCGAAGAGGAGAGGCAAUUUAAAGAUCUAGUAUUGGAGAAGGACAGACUGCUCGAUGUUCAAGAUAAGAAUGCUUUGAAUCUAAGGCUACAACUAGGUUUUGCUUCCCACAAGGUAAUUGAUCUAAACCAAUUACUUCCUGUGCAAAAAACACUUGGAGCCACUACUAGUCUGGAGUUAAUCAACUUUCAAACAGACAUCAAAACUUUACACGUCGUAAACAAUGUCAUGGACAAAAUCCGGGUUAAGGUCACUGGGGAGAAGCGACUCGUGACACUGACUCCUGACAGCACCAACAAGGCUCUAGAAUUUCCCACUGAGAAUGAUAGGCCACUGCAAGAACAACAAAAUACAGAGCAUGAAAACGAAAACGGUGCUCAAGAUCCCAUAGACUCAAACCAAACGAAUGAUUCUCAGACAUACUCCACACCUAGCCGUAUCCAUUAUACGACUAACGAGGAGAGUUCCUCUAAGAAGGUUAAAAUAUCAAAUUGA